GAUUCAUAAAAUAAUCAAUCAAUGACUUUACUCAUCAGCCAAUAUUAAAACAAGCAACAAGCAAACAUCCAACAUUCCAUUACAAAUUAUCAUCGUCAUCAAUUAACAACGAAUUUUUUCUUUUUGCUGGUGACGAAAAUUAUCUGUGCAAUAACGAAUAAAGGAAACAGAAAGAAAUUAUCACUGAAAAAAACCAAAAAACAAUGCAAUUAAAAUAUCUAUAUCAAACCAUUUAUUCAUUACAUGAUCCAAUUCAUGUUGGAAGAUUUCAAAAAUUAUUUGGUCUAGAAAUUAUUCAUGAUGAUGAUCAAGAUGAUGAUCGAAAUAGAAAAUCUUCAUUUCAUUCUUCAAUCCCAUCGACUAAUCAACAACCGAAACAGAAAAAAUAUCUGAUUCGUAAUUAUCUAUGGUAUUAUCUAUUUUCAUUUGGUGCACGUUUGGGUUAUGAAGUAUUUUAUGCAUUAUCAUUUUCAUAUCUAUAUUGGAAUCUGGAUUCAUUUAUUUGUCGUCAAUUGAUGUUAAUUUGGGCAAUAUUAAUGUAUACUGGCCAGGCAUUGAAAGAAAUUUUUCGUAUUCCACGGCCAUCCGGUCCAAAUAUAUUGAUUUUAGAGCCAGAAUAUUCAUUUGAAUAUGGUAUGCCAUCAACACAUGCAAUGUUAGCCGCAAUGGUACCAUUAACAUUAUAUUCAUUAUUAAAUAAUCGUUAUGAAAUUAUAUCACCAUUAUUAUUUAUAUUUUGUUCAAUUUGUUGGUGUACAUUGAUAUGUUGUUCAAGGCUUUAUCUUGGAAUGCAUUCAGUGUUGGAUAUAUUGGUUGGUCUAUCACUUACCUGUAUUCUAUUGGCAUUCGUAUUACCAAUUCUAAGCAUUACGGAUCAGUUUCUUAUUCAUAAUUCAUUUACACCAUUGAUUAUUACUGCCAUAUUGAUAAUAUCAUCAUUAUUAUAUCCUGUAUCGAAUAAACAAUCACCAUCACGUGGUGAUACAAUAUCAAUAAUAUCAGCUAGUGGUGGUGUUUAUAUUGGUUCAUGGAUUAAUUAUCAAUUGGCCAUUAUACGUGAUCAUUCUAGUCAUUCGAAUGAAUUGUAUCAAAUUUUAUUACCAUCAUUGAAUGAUAUGCCAUUUAUUAUUGGUCGUUUUGUGAUUGGAUUAUUGACAUUAUUUGCAUUACGAUCAUUAGGAAAAUUAUUUGCCAAAUGGGCUAUUCGAUUUUUUACCGGAUUAAAAGAUCUUAAUAAUGAACAAACAAAACAUCUUACCGUUGUAGAGGUACCAAUGAAAAUGAUUCCAUUUUUAAUGAUUGGAUUGGCUAUUUCGUUUUUUGGACCAUUGAUGGCCAGAAUUGCUCAUAUUGAACGUCAUUCUAUGAUGUUUGAAGCUUCGUGAAGAAAGAUAAAAAUAGGAAACAAAAAAUUUUUAUUAAAAUGAUAAACAACUAAAAAUUUUCACACUUCUGUCACACAUUCUAUAAUAUGAUUGAACAAAUUUUUCAUUUCAA